AUGAAACGAGCCAUGAUGCAAACCGCAUUUCUCGUUUGUUCGUCCUUUCUCGAUCCGCCAGUCACCCUCCGUUUCUCGUCCUGCCCAGCUUUCCUAAUGCUGCUACUUCCCUCCCUUGUCGCACGUCCUGCAACUUCCCGUCGCACGUCCCCCGCAAUUUCCGUCGCAUCAUGUUCCACGCUUCCCGUCCGUCCCCGCAGGAAGCGCAAGCCCGUGGCGCACGCGGGGAGUCGGUCGGUGGUGGCGGCGGACGGGUACUUCUGGCACAAGUACGGCCAGAAGAGCGUCAUGGACCGCGCCAUCACCAGGGCGUACUUCCGGUGUGCGCGGCACAGCAUGGGGUGCAUGGCGCGCAAGACCGUCGAUGUCCCCAUCGCUACAACCCCCGCCGCUACAGCCUCCGCUCCAUCGCUAUCCGCUGCUGCAGCCUCGCUCGCUACAGCCGAUGGUAGCGUCGCCAAGCCCUCUGACGCCGCCCCCCCCUCCAGUGCAGCAGCACUGCAGCCGCAGGUGUCGUACCACGGGACACACAACCACACCCCGCCCGGCCCCUGCUCUCUCAGCCUCCCCAACUGCGCCGCCGCUGCCGCCUCAGCUGCAGCAGCAGAGGGGGACAUCCAGGUGCCUGUGUCUGCUUCGCCAGGCGCUGAUGGCGCCGACGGUGCUGCUACAGUGGUUCCCGUAAGCCGGACGGAUCACCAGAGAAGACCGGCGGUAGCGGAAUCAGCAGACGUGGCUGUUGGCAGUGGCACGGGUGCGGCCGAUGCGGCUUCUGCCGUGGCCCCGCUUGGCCUGACCCACCGCCUGAGCCUCAACUCCACUGUCUCUCUUGACCGCGUGCCGCUCUCACCCGCCUCCGCUGCCGCCCACCCCGCCCUCGCUCUCACCCUCGCCACGCCCACCACCGCUCACAAUCUCCCUGCAGCCGCACCAGGAGAUGCCCAGAGGCCCAGUACAGCGGAAGCAGCAGCGGCGGCAGCGGCGGCGGAAGCAGGGGAUUCUGGGAGCUGCACGGACGAGCCGAUGACGGAGCAGUCGAAACAGAGCCCGGCAGGCACACGGGGGUCCAUGGAGGUGGGGUCCGUGCGCGCCGAGGACGAGGACCGCCUUGCGUGCUCAACCAGACCUGCCAGGUCACACUCGGUGGAGGCGCAACCAGAGGGGAAUGGCGACGCGGCACAGAGAGGGGGCAAUGGGGUGGGGCAUCAUGGAGAGGAACGAGGCUUGGCUGGUGCUUUGCGUCCUCAUCCUUCUGCUGCUGCUGCUGCUGCUGCUGUUGCUGGGAGCCAUCCCUCUAUAUCGGCAGCAUUUGCUGCUGCCGCCAGUGCCGCUGCUUCUGGUCCCGCCUUCGCGCUCCCAUCCACAGGCCUGGGAAACCUCUGGGCUAUGGCACCUCCUCCUGGCACCAGCGUCCCUGUUGCCAUUCCCCCUGGCGCCACCACCACCAGCAGUAGUUUCCAAGGCCCGCCUCUGCCUGCACUGCCCAUGCCCAUGCCCAUGCCCAUGCAGACACACCCAGCAACUGCCACCCAUCUUGCUUCCAUGGCUCACGCUUGGGGCCAUCACUCCCACCCCUCCCUCCCCUCUGCUGCUGCUGCAGUUCCUCUGUCCCCUCUUGGCCACCACUUGCCCUCUGGGAUGGUAGUUAUUCCUUCCAUACACCCACCACCACCGCUCUUCAACCCGUUGCACCACAGCCAUGUACCAGCUGCUAGUGGGAAUUAUCCUCAGUUGUCCACCUCUAAGCCUCUCCUGCACCAUGCGCCAUCUGAGUUAGGGGAGAGCACAGGCCACCAUGGAGGAAGUGAUGUUGAUGAGUCAGCACGCCACCUGGCAUCGUCUGGUAGGGAAUGGAACAGUAUCAUGGAGGGAAGUCACCAGGAAGCCAAGAGGAUAUGUGUGGAGUGGGGGCAGACUAAGACUGGAUCCGCCGAUCCUCGUUGCGCUCCGGGAUCUUCACAGCGGCCCGAAGAUAAAUCGUCGCCGCUCUCUUUCCCGCCUGCCCAGCCGCCUCUCCCGCUCGCCUCUCUCGCGGAGUCUCCCGUAGGUGGCGCGUCCCAGCCAUUGUCGUUGGUUCGGCCCGAGCCUGCCACACCAAUGUUUCCCUUUGGUCCAUUCCAACCGCUGCGGUGCUCAAGAGGAGAGGGCGUUGCUUCCCGUGAACCCCUGGCGGAAACCCCGUCUCCCGGGGGAGGGGGAGAGGCAUGCGUGGAGAGGGGAGGCGCUAGCGUGAACCCGCUCGAGUCGGGGCUGCCCGCGUCGCAGCUGCAGCUUGUUCUGGUUGCGGGGGAUACGACAGCCCUUCCGCCUCCAGCGGAGGAGCCUUCCGCUUGGCCCUGGACGUGGCAGGAGCGCCUCCGCGCAGUCAAGCGCCGGCGGAUGGACGCGCGGGAAUGCGAGGAAGCGGCGCAAGGGGAAGCGAGGGGGUCUGGCGGAGCGCAGGAUUGGGGGAAGCUAGAGGCGGAAGCGGAGGAGGAGAGGCGGCGAAAGCAACGGCUCGGCAUUUUGAGCGGGAUGCGUCAGAUGCUGGACAGCCCUGGUUUCGCGGCUGCCCGCGGGCAGAGGAAGAGAAAACUCGUCGUCCGCCAAGGAGGCUUGAGGCACCGCCUGCCGACAAUGCGCGGCGCGUCGAGUGCGAGCGGCAGCGGCGACCAAUCGAGCGAGAACACUAACUUCGAGGAGCGCGCAACGGAAGCCGCCAGGGAGGCGGAAAACGCUCGCGCGGCAAAUGAUGUCGCAACACUUGCAGCGCACGACGCGGCGCAACUAACCGUUGGAGGCCGCGUGGGCGCGGCUGGCGGGGUAGAUACGGCCGCCGCGGCGCCGGUGCACGCGCGGGAGCUGGGCUCCAGUGUUGCGACCGUGCGCAGAGGCGGAAGCUCGUCGGGAAGAAACGGCAGAAGGAAUGGGGGCGGCGGACGGUGCGGAGAGUACGAGGUGGAAUCAACGCAGUGCGCGGCGGAGAAGGCGGAAGAGGGGACGGGGUUGGCGGAGAAGGCGGAGGAGGGACCGAACCUGGCGGAGCGCGGGGAGGCAGCGCAUCCGCCCGCGUCGCCCUGUUCGGAUGCGGAAGAGGCGGAACGAGCGGGGGAGAAGCGGAAGGCGCACGAGGCGCAGACUGCAGCGGACGGCGCUGCCGGCCGCGCCCACGUACGCCGUCGCCAUGGCCUUCCCAGCCGCCUGGGAAAUCUUGCUGCUCCGCCAACCGCUGCUGCUCCCCUCGCUCCUCCCGCGCAGGCGCACCAUGGCAAUGCGCCACCCUCCAGCGCACUCCCCAGCGCGCCCUGCACAGCUCUCCCUUUCCCUCUCCUCUCCCCAGACACCCCCCACCGUUCCCGUCCCUCCUACCCUUCUAGACUGCCGCUACCGUCCCCGUUGCCAUUCCGAACCACCCCAGCACUGGCCGAGCCUCAGCAGGUUCGGCAGACCGGACAUCCCAGUGCUGCCGAGGCUGUGGCACCCGAAGCAGCAGCACUAGACUCUGGAUCGGUGGCGAUUGCAGCGAGUGUGGACUUCCCCCUGUGGGUGCGGCAGCUGCAGGCGUGCGCGGGGGUGGGCGAGGAGGGGCGCGCGUCUGAGUGCACGGGGGAAACACCCGGGUCCAUGCUGGAUGUGCCUCAGGUGCAGCCCGCGAUGGAAGGCAGCGACGCCAGCGGCGGCAGCGGUGGCAGUGGCAGCAGUGGGGAAGGGUGUGGUGGCGAGGAGGAGGACCAUGAGGCAGAGAGCCGGGGGGGCCAGUGA